UAACGAUGGCAUAAUGCGUGUCGGCGACAACUGGACGCCGUCAGUUCUGGACAACGCGUCCGGCCGAACGGACGCAAAGUCUUGACAUUCUUCAACCAAGGAACCAUUCAUCAUUGGCCAGCAGUGCCAAUUCCAAAAUUUCAUCCAAAAAUACAACAUUUAGGACUCAGUUCUGGCAUAGCCAAUGUGAUCAAAACAGAAGUCCGGGAGUGAUCUUCUUUAAAGUGGUUCAAAAUGGAGAUAAACUUAAUGUACGUUAUUGGAAUCGUAUCGGUGCUGGUGGCACUAUACGUUUACCUAACGCACAACAACGAUUUCUUCAAGAAAUACCCCAUACCCUGCCUGCCAGUGGAACCACUUUUCGGUAGCAGUCGCCAGUUUUUGCUGAAAAAAAUUUCAUUCAGCGAAUUUGUUCGCUCAAACUACGAACGAUUCCCGAAUGCAAAAAUGUACGGUAUGUUCGAGAUGUUUACGCCGAUGUUUGUCAUUCGCGAUCCGGAGCUGAUCAAGCAGAUCACGGUGAAAGAUUUCGAUCACUUUAUCAACCAUCGACCAUUAAUGAAGGCAGACAACUCUUCCAACUCUACUGCAAUGUUCUCGAAAAUACUUUUCAAUCUUACUGGUCAACGGUGGCGUAACGUGAGGACCACACUUAGUCCCACGUUUACCGGCAGCAAGAUGCGCCAGAUGUUCGCCAUGAUCUUGGAGUGCAGCGACAACAUGGUACAGGCCCUUGCACACCCAACCGGGCGUGAAUGUGAAGUGAAAGAUCUGUUCAUCCGCUUCACAAACGAUGUGAUAGCAUCCUGUGCGUUUGGUGUGCACGUCAACUCGUUCCGAGACAAAGAUAAUGUAUUCUUUCGCUAUGGCAAAGAUUUGUCCAACUUCAGUCGACUUAAGGUGGCGCUCAAGAUCAUGGGAUAUCAAGUGUUUCCCAAGCUAAUGGCACAACUACAGAUGGACAUAUUCGAUAGCACACACGUACAGUUCUUCACCGAAAUGUUUAGGCAGUCUGUUCAAGAGCGAGAAGAGCAUGGUAUUGUGCGACCCGAUUUGAUCCAUCUGCUCAUACAAGCUCGUAAGGGUCAGCUACGAUAUCAACCGCAAGAAUCGGAGGAAACCGAUGGUUUUGCAACAGCAAAGGAGUCCAAUGAGCAGAAGAUUCUUCCGGAAGAUAUGGUGAAGCUCAGCGAGAAUGAAAUGAUAGCACAGUGUCUGCUGUUCUUCCUUGCUGGCUUCGACACAAUCGCAACAUCGAUGACAUUUGUACUGUACGAAGUGACGCUAGCACCGGAAAUCCAGCAGCGUCUGUACGAGGAGAUCCAACAAGUUAGCGAGACAUUGGAUGGCAAAGCGCUCACCUACGAUGCUCUGCAGGGUAUGCGGUAUCUCGAUAUGGUUGUAUCGGAAACGCUACGCAAGUGGUCACCAUCACCAGGUACCGAUCGAAUGUGCAACCAAGACUAUACUAUUCCCGGUGAUCCAGACAUCGUUAUUCCCAAGGGUGCUACCGUGUUUAUCCCGAUUGCUGGUUUGCAUUAUGAUCCUCGUUUUUAUCCAGAUCCAGAUCGUUUCGAUCCAGAACGUUUCAAUGAUGAGAAUAAGCACAAAAUUCCGCUCGGAGCAUAUCUCCCGUUUGGGAUAGGACCUCGCAAUUGCAUAGCGUCCCGCUUUGCUCUGAUGGAGGUGAAGGCCAUCGUGUAUCAUAUACUGUUAAACUAUGAGCUUAAACGCUCCGAGCGUACCUCAGUUCCGGUUAAGCUGGCAAAAGGAUUUUCCCCACUGAAACCGGAAAAUGGCAUGUACCUGAAGUUUAAUCCAAGGAUGAAGAAUUAAUACAUUUUUACAUUCGUUUCUUUUUCCUCUUUUAUAUGGAAAUACAUAUAUUAUCUCUAAUUAAACCUGUAUGGAUAUUAUCAAAACAAUUAUCGAAAUGGAUGGAUUUUGUCAAUCCAAGAAAACGAUAGCGUCGAAGACUAAUCUUGAGUUAUGUAGCCAUCUCAUUGAUUCACUAUCUAUAACUUUAAUAAUGUGCCAAGGGUUUUUAAUGCUUGUAUGCGACUAUGUCCAAAAUAAAACUUCGUAGUUCCAAAACAA